AUCCAAAUGUUGUAGAUAAGUUCCAAGGGAAUAAUUCCAAUCUGCUUAGUUAUUCCACCAAGGUGCAGACGACAUCACUUAGCUCUUGCCGCAGAUGCAUCCAAUUCUACCUUGUUCCUUUUGGCAUCCCAUGACAAGGCUGCCACCUAGGAACGUAUGAACUCGAGACCUUGCAACAUUUGUCGCCACACCAAGAACACAAGAGGAUCCCAACAAUGGAGUUCACAGGCACCUUAAGUAGCAAGCACUGUAUCCACUAAACCAAUCCAUUAGUCCAAAGUGGUAAUUUCUUGAGGAUUUUGCUCUGGACAUGGACAUGUUCCUGGAGGACACGCUGUCGUCGGCGACAUCGUCUCUGUACUCGCCGUCGCCGCACGGCCACGGCUCGUGGGUUCAGGAGCUGAGCCAGGACCAGCAGAGCGUGCAGCUCGUCGGCCUGCUGUACCAGUGCGCCGCCGAGGUGGCGGCCGGCGCCUUCGGCCGCGCCAACUUCUACCUGGAGCAGAUCACGCAGCUGGCCUCCCUGGACGCACCCCACACGCUGCAGCGCCUCGCCGCCGUCUUCGCGGACGCGCUCGCGCGCAAGCUGCUCAACCUCGUGCCGGGACUCUCGCGCGCGCUGCUGUCCACGGCCAACUCCCUCGAAGCGCACCUCGUCCCGGCCGCGCGCCGCCACCUGUUCGACAUGCUCCCGUUCAUGAAGCUCGCGUACCUGACCACCAACCACGCCAUUCUGGAGGCGAUGGAGGGGGAGAAAUUCGUGCACGUCGUUGACUUCUCCGGCCCAGCCGCCAACCCGGUGCAGUGGAUCGCGCUCUUCCACGCCUUCUGCAGCCGCCGCGGGGGGCCGCCGCACCUCCGCAUCACCGCCGUCCACGACAGCAAGGAGUUCCUUGAGAACAUGACCGGCGUGCUCACCAAGGAGGCCGAGGCGUUCGACAUCCCGUUCCAAUUCAGUGCCGUAGAGGCGAGGCUCGACGAGCUGAACACGGACGCGCUCCGGCACAGCCUCCGCGUCAGGUCCGGCGAGGCGCUUGCAAUCAGCGUCAUGGCGCAGCUUCACCGCCUCCUCGCGGCCGACGACGCCAACAGGAGGCACGGGGGCAGCAGCUGCCUGACCCCGCUGCAGAUCAUCGCGCGGUCCAGCCCGAACAGCUUCGGCGAGCUGCUGGAGAGGGAGCUGAACACGCGGCUCCAGCUGAGCCCUGACUCGUCGGUCCUCUCGUCGCUCUCGCCGCAGUCCCCGGUACUGGCGGCGCAACAGAGGCCAGCGAAGCUGGGGAGCUUCCUGUCAGCGGUGAAAGCGCUGUCCCCGAAGAUCAUGGUGGUGUCGGAGCCGGAGGCGAACCACAACGCGGCCACGUUCCAGGAGCGGUUCGACGAGGCGCUCAACUACUACGCGUCUCUGUUCGACUGCCUGGAGCGCGCGUCGGCGGCGCACAGGUGCGCGGCGGAGCGGACGAGUGUGGAGCGGCUGGUACUGGGGGAGGAGAUCCGCGGCGUCGUGGCGCGGGAGGGCGCGGAGAGGAAGGAGCGGCACGAGCGGCUGGCGCAGUGGACGCGGCGGAUGGAGGCGGCAGGGAUGGAGCGCGUGGGGCUGAGCUACAGCGGCAUGAUGGAGGCGCGGAAGCUGCUGCAGAGCUGCGGGAGGGGCGGGUACGAGGUGAUCCACGACGCGCGCGGCGAGGGCUUCUUCUUCUGCUGGCACAGGAAGCCGCUCUACUCCGUCUCCGCCUGGAGGCCGGCGGCGUGCCGGCUCAGCUCGUAGAUCAUCGUGGCGCCGCAGCUGACACAGCAGCUGAGCUGGUGCUGCUCCCCGCGUUGCUGCACGAUGCAUGCACGCAUGUACAGCAUCUCUCGUGCCGUGUGUACGCAGGUUCUGAAUUCUAAUCAAACUCUGUUUGGAUUGGAACGACAGGAAGUUGAUCAACAUUAAAUUCUGUAGAAAACUACCCAGUUCCGUAAGAAUUGGACAAGUUUUCCGAGU